AUGGAUAAGAAUGCACCAAAUAAGGACUGGAAAAACAUAAACAUAAAUUUUACUGAAGAAUUACAAAAAGACGGAAAAUUAAGGGAAGAACAUAAAGAAUACCAGUAUGGAGAUGAGCAAGAAUUAAGAAAAGAAUUUCAGAAAUACUCAAAGGAUAAUAAAGUUGAUAAACAAACAAUAAGCAAAGAAGAAAAUAUUAAUAAAUUAAGAGAAGACUGCGAAGUUGAACUAUUAGUGGAAGAAGAGGAAAUAAAAGCAAUAAAUGCCCAAGAAUGGUUAGACAAAAAUUACCCAAAAAAUGGAGUUUGUUCAUUGAAUUCAGAUAAAGAAAAUUAUGGUAAAAGAAGGAUUAAUAUUAAAACCCUAAGCAUUUCAGGGCAAAAAUUAGAAGCUUGUUUAGAUUUAAGAGACUUUGUAAAUUUAAAGAUUCUCGUUGAUUGCAGUGCCGACAGCUUAAGUAAUAAAAUAACUAAAUUAAAAGUUAGUAAUUGUAAAAAAUUACAA